GCAAUGACUUGGCAAUGACAGUCACUGAUCGAUUACGUUUGUCAUGACAGGUCCUGAGCUAGCGCUGAGCCACCCUCGAUAUCGAGGGGGAGAACACAAUUCAUGAAGAACAAGACACCUUGCAAUCCGAGGAUACCUACUAAUUAUAAUGUUGACGUCAUCAUCGCAAUUAAGUAGCUGUGCAGCGGCCAGCGCCCUGCUCCACCUUAUCAGACGCCAUGACGAGCAAAGGAAUGAAAACCCAUCAAGCCGCUGCUGCGAUCCCCCAGUUCACCUCAAAGGAUUACUUUUCUUUCUUCCUCGCAGGAGCACUAUGCUGCACGAUCACCCACGGUGCAAUGACGCCUGUCGACGUCGUGAAAACACGAAUUCAAAUUGAUCCUGCGUACAAGAAGCUGAACAUGUUGACCGGAACGCGUUAUGUUAUCGCGACAGAAGGUCCCAGAGCUCUCCUCACAGGUUUCGGCCCAACUGCAGUUGGUUAUCUUAUACAAGGAGGCGCAAAAUUCGCUGGUUACGAAUAUUGGAAGAAAAAGGCAGUCGAGUCUGUAGGUGGCCCGGAGGCGGCAGUCAAGUAUCGAACGGCAAUCUACCUUGGAUCAGCCAGUAUUGCUGAGUUUUUCGCAGAUAUCCUUCUGACACCUUUAGAAGCCACCCGGAUCCGUCUCGUGUCAGACAGAACUUACGCAACUGGACUUGUCACGGGUUUCACUCGUAUAGCGCGUGAGGGUGGCAUACGCGAGCUUUACGCAGGCUUUUUACCGAUUCUCUGCAAACAGAUACCUUACGCUAUCGGGCAAUUUACGGUGAACGAACUCUGUCACGAGAUUGUGUUUCGUUCAAUUUCCGAAGAGACUCGUCGCACACUAUCCAGUACCAGCAAAUUUGCAAUACAGCUCGGUAGCGGCGUCAUCGCAGGUUUUGCAGCAGCCAUUCUGAGUCAGCCAGCGGAUACCUUGCUUAGUCAGAUUAACAAGGGACAUGGACCAAAGGGCUCCAUGCCGCAUCGACUUGCAGUACUUGCUCGAGAGGCUGGUUUCCGCGGCCUUUUUGCUGGUCUCGGACCUAGAAUGAUCAUGACCGCGGGCCUUGUGUCAGGGCAGUUCUUACUGUAUGGUGCAAUAAAAGAAGCUUUGGGCGCACCCCCUGGUGUAGAGAUACACAAAGAAACUGGUGCUGUUGUUUGAUAGACACCAAGAUUCACUAGAAGGCAUCGCUUGUAUUUUCUAGAGUCACAGAAAUCCUUACAGUAGUACCAUACAUGGGUAGAACACCACCAUUUAUGCGGAUCUCCAGGCCAGAGCAGUGGUAGUAA